AUUUUAGAAUCUUCUGAUCUCGCGACAUUUUGUCAUCUCGCGAGAGGUCAUGCCUUGAGGUCACGCCAUUUUGGAGGAGCAAUUUUCAAGGGAGUAUUUUCCCAAGGUAUUUCAAGAUGGCGGGACUGAAACAUCGCCCCAGGUGUUUCUUCGACAUCGAAGUCAACGGAACACCAGCGGGGAGGGUUGUGAUGGAGCUCUACAGCGACGUCUGCUUCAAGACUUCUGAGAACUUCCGCUGCCUUUGUACGGGAGAGAAAGGUAUUGGGAAAACAACAGGCAAGCUUCUCCACUACAAAGGCACACCCUUCCAUCGGGUAGUCAAGGACUUCAUGAUUCAGGGAGGAGACUUCACUGAAGGCAAUGGACGGGGAGGGGAGUCCAUAUAUGGAGCCACGUUCAAAGAUGAGAAUUUCAUUUUGAAACAUGACCGUGAAUUUCUCCUCUCAAUGGCCAAUCGUGGCAAAGAUACCAAUGGGUCGCAGUUCUUCAUAACCACCAAACCUGCACCUCAUCUAGACAAUAUCCAUGUGGUGUUUGGUCAUGUACUAGAAGGACAGCAGAUCAUACGUACUAUAGAGAACCAAAAAACUGAUGCCACCAGUAAGCCUUAUGCGGACGUUCGCAUUGCUAACUGUGGAGAGCUGGUGCCCAAGGCCAAGACCAAGGCAAAGAAGAGGAAGAAGGAAGAAGACCAAUCCUCAUCAGUAUCAGACUCAUCCAGCGGGUCAGAGUCCUCCUCCUCCAGUGAGAGUGAAGAGGAGGGGUCCAUCAGUGGAUCCUCCGACAGCUCGGAGACGCGCAGGCGAUGGAGCAAGCGCAAGAAGAAGCUCAAGAAGAAGGAGGCCAAGAGGAGACGCAAGGAGAAGAAGAAGAAAAAGAAAUCAAAGAAGUCAAGAAAGGAUGGUUCUGACAGUGAAGCAGAAAGUGGUGAAGACAAAGAUGGCGGUGUGGCUGCAGCCCUGUCAUCUGUACGAGCAGAGGACAUCCCUGAUAUCCCUCCCAACAACUUCCUCCUGCGAAGAACUCCACCAACUGCAAAGUCCCCACAAGAGACAGCCAGCUCCGGCCCUGCCCCUGAACCCGUGUCCUACCAGAGCAGUCGGCCCAAGGUCUCAAAGUCUGGCCGCAAGAUCAAGGGGAGGGGAACCAUGCGUUAUCGGACCCCUUCUCGCAGUCCCUCCCCUAGCCGCUGGGGGCGCCGUAGUGAGACCCCGCCCCACUGGCGCCAGGAGCAGCUCAGGAGUCGCAACUACGCAGCGGAACGCUGGACGAAAGGCGACAAACUGGCCGAACAGGAGCAGGAGGAGGAACUGCAAGAACGAAUCCGCCGCCGUCAGCGUAGACAUCGCGAUCGUGACCUACGGGAUCGCUUUCAACGAGGGAGGUCCAGAUCUGACUAUGACAGCGAGGACUAUGAGGAGUAUGAAAGCCGUGACCGCCGCCAUUCUCACCGAGACAAAAAGAAGCACAAGAAGGACAAGAAGAAGUCCAAGCACAAGAAGAAGAAGCACAAGAAGCAUGCCAAGAAGCGUUCCCGGCGCGACAGCAGUGCAGACUCCCAGUCCGGGUCGGCAUCACGUUCAGACUCACGCUCCAGGUCCCCUGUCAGGAGGGAGAGGGAGUCAGUACCUGAGAAAGAAAAGUCAGAAAGCCCCCCUCCCACACACUGGAAACCAGGGCAGGCUCCUCUCAAACCACACAAAACAGAACUGCACCGCCAGAGUGCGCCACUGACUAAUGGAGAGGACAGGGAGGAGGAGGAGGUAUCCAGUGUGAAUGGACGUCGUUCACCAAGCCGUAGCCCCUCCCCUUCCCCGUCCCCUCCCCCCAGGCAGCGCAGUCCCUCUCCCCCACCCAGGCAGCGUAAGCCCUCCCCUCCUGCAGUACCUACCUAUCAUUCUAGGGACCAGGGGAGGCAAAUACAGACUGGAGGGUGGUCAUCUGAAGAUAGAGGAUCAGACAGGUAUGGAAACCAGACCAGGAUGUCUGACCAAAGGUCAUCACAAUCCCGAUCACAAGAGAGGUCCUACCAAAGGUCACGGUCAAGGUCAGAUAGCAGGUCAAAACGGAGAGACAGGUCAUCAUCUCAUUCUAGGUCUUACUCUCGGUCUAAAUCUCGAUCCAGAUCUAAGUCACCAGUUCGGUCACGUAGAAGCUCUCGUUCAAGUGCUUCGAAGAGUAAAUCGUCGGAAGACUACUCGCGAUCCAGCGACCGCGAGGCGAGCAGGAAGAAAUCGGAACGGAAAGGCUCCAACUCCUCGCAGAAGAAGAUCCGGGAGAGGUUCAAGUGGCAGCCGCCCCUGGAGCCGGAGGAUGAAGUUGAGGAAACUGUGGAGUACGGGAGGAAGUCCGAGGGACAGAUUUCUUCAUCAGGGGAGCAGAAACCAAGGAUCAGGACCCCACCUAUGGCUCAAAUCUGGGGGAACGUUGCCGAAGAGGUAAAGAGAAAACCCGUGUCUUCCUCCUCCGAAUCAGACAAGAGUGUCGAAAAAAGCAGUCCUCCAAGGAGAGCCAGCAGUGGGAGCGAUAUGGAAGUCUCUGAUCAAGAGAACGGAGGCAUUGAGGUAUCUUCUCAUUCGAAACCUGCCGAGCCAGGCAGAAACAAGAUAAACAUAAGGCUGUCGCCCAGUCAGAAAAGAGAGAGCCCUCCGGGAAGAGUCCUCACAGGCCGUAAGGUGGAGAUUGUGGUGAGAGAACGUGCGCCAAACCCCCAACCUACCGGCAAGUGGAAGGCGCUGGGAAAUGCCGAGGAUUUUAUAGAUAAAGAGAGUAAAGCAGGGCUAGAGAAAGAGAGGAUGUCUGAUAGGUCGCGCAGCGAGGAAGAAUCCAAGGUUUAUAGGGUCAAACCUGGAUCGCUUAUUGACGAAGUACAGAAGACGUCGGAGCGUCACUCCAACCGCCAUCUCCGAAAGAGGGUUGAGAGCGAAGAGUCCGACAGCCAGCGUAGUCGUAGCCGCAGCCCCAAACGGACCAGCCAGCGACGAUCGUCCUCCAACCGGCGCUCUGCAGACAGGAGGCGACACCGAACGUCCUCACGUUCAAGAUCUCGUAGUUACAGUAGACGCAAUAGAAGCUACAGCCGGUCGCGCAGUAGGGAGAGGCCCAGCCGGCGAGAGUCUGAGAGACGGAGGGGGGGUUCUGACAGGAGGAGUUGGAGCAGGCGAGAGAGGAGUAGAAGCGAUGAGCGUCGCCGUAGGAGCCGUGAGCGUCGCCGAAGUGCCUCCCCUCAAACCAGGCGCCGCAGUAGGUCACGCAGUCAGGAUUACAAGAGGGAGAGGAGGCGCAGCUACAGCAGGAGUCAGAGUCGGAGCCCGUCUCGUGAGAAGCGACGUUCCCGUAGCGACAGCAGUGACCAUCGGAACAGGUCACGGGACAGGUCAUAUGACAGCUCUUCGUCCAGUUCCAGCCUUAGUCCGGGGUACAGGUAUGUUUACGAUCGCCGCCGAAGAAGCAAACGCCACCGUUCCCCCUCCCCCUACCGUCACCACCACCCCCGAUCCCGACACAGAUACAGGCAUAGGGGUCAUCGCAGGUCAGAGAGCAGGUCCAGACGCAGCCGGCGCUCUCGCUCCUACUCCAGGUCUCGUUCACGCAGCUACAGCAGCGACAGUUCCAGGUCACGUUCCAGGUCACGGUCAAAGUCACGCUCGUACUCGCGGUCCAGGUCUCGCAGUCGCGGCCGGAGUGACCGCAGACGAGACUCGCACCGCCGCCGCUCGUACAGCCGCAGUGCCAGUGGGUCCAGUAGUGGGUCCGACAGUGGGAGCGAAUCCUCCAGCAGUCAGGACUGAAUCUUUCCACUGUUAUAAUCAUUUCUUUCACACAAAACGGACCUCCCUUUUGUGAUAAUGGUAGCUUCCAGAUUCUGCUACACAUUGUUUUAUUGUGGAACAGUCCACUUCUAAAGUAGGGGUGAUAUAGAAAUGGUGAUAUAGAAAUGGUAAUAUCGAUAACAUUUACGUAGUAUAUUCCUUGGCAAUGAUCGCUAAAGGUAUACAAAAUUUUCUUUAGGACAAGUAUGGUUAGAACCUAUGUAUAGGAAAGCCCCAACCACAAUCAAUGGUAGGCACCCUGGUAGAUAGUUUAGUGUGAAUAAUAUCAAGUCAACAUAGAUAAACUGUAGACUUUACAUGGAAAUCUGAAAUUUUUUUAGCCUUCAUGAUAGAGGCGACUAUGCUUGAAAUGGAAUCUUGGAGACCUGCACAAUGUGCAGAAGAAUUGUUCGUUUACUUCUGAAUAAAAUGUUUUGUUGUAAUGUGUACAUGCAGUAUACUAUAGCUGCUAUGAUAGAGUUAUGGACACAUGUAAGUAGCUAACUUUUCCAUGCUGUUGUGUCAUAUUGAAGUCAUAAGUCCUCCUAACACUGUGAAGUACAUAAAGUUUGUUGCUGUACAUUAGGACUUAAAAUUUGUUGGAAAUGUUCAUGAACUAUAGCAUGUAACAUGCAGCGCAAUGUACGUGAAAUGCAUCUAAUUCAAACCAGCACGAUUGGACUGUCUACAGUAACUGCACAAAAUACAAGUCAUUUUGAUGUAAAGGACACUUUUGUAAGAAGACUUUAGAGCAAAUGAUAACAUGUAGGUUAAACAUGGGUUUGGCAUACAAUUCUCGGAAGAGAAUUUGCAUGUCUGAAACAGAAGCAUUUAUAGUUAUCUUCAUAACAGCUUUUGUCUUUUUUGGCGACAGCUCAGGGGCGAGUUAUUAAAUAUGUAGGUGAGCUAUGCAUCGCAGUCUUAUUUUUUAAUAGGUUGGUCACUACCACUCUAAAAACUGUACAAAGGACACAGAACUUUAAUACCUUGAACCUGCAUUUGCACCCUUGCCUGUAGAUUCUUUCAUGAUACUGGACUUUUGACUGUGGCUUCCAAAUUAUGUUAGAUUUUCCAUGUAUACCUGGUGGAUGAAUAAGGAAUCACAUCGUAGAAUAAACUAAUGACAUCAUGAA